AUGACAGCCUCUUCAAAUAAGGACGAAGCAACGGGACUUGUGAGAAGAGCGGAAUGCGCAUGCAAGAAAAGGGACGGAAUACGGAUUUUGUCUCUAAUGAAGGCGGGAGUACAGGCACACUAUUGGAGCCGGGUGCUGCUUUUAUAUAUGGGACUGCUGGCUUCAUCAGUGAAGGCUCAGAAUUGCAGUUACACACUUCACACCCCCAAUGGGACGAUAGAGAGCCCCGGGUACCCUUACGGUUAUCCCAACUAUGCCAACUGCACUUGGGUCAUUGUGGCGGCGGAGCACAACCGGAUUCAGCUGGUGUUUCAAGGCUUCGCCCUGGAGGAGGAUUUUGACAUCUUGUCUGUAUAUGACGGACCGCCCAGCCCUGGAAACCUGCGGACAAGGUUAACUGGGUUCCAGCUGCCCUCACCCAUCGUGAGUACGGGGUCCAGAAUCACCUUGUGGCUACUGUCUGACUACGCAGUCAGUGGACAGGGAUUUAAAGCUAUCUAUGAAGCUCUACCCAGUUAUACCUGUGGUAAUCCUGGACAGCUAUUGAAUGGCCUCCAGCAGGGGUCCACUUUCAAUAUUGGGGACAAAAUCCGCUACAGCUGCAGCUCUGGCUACGUGUUAGAGGGUCACACCACUCUUUCCUGCCUCGCCACUUCAGCUGGUACUGCUGCCUGGGACUUCCCUCUUCCCUACUGCAGAGCGGAUGAUGGAUGCGGGGGGACACUGCGGGGCCAGAGUGGAGUGAUCACCACCCCCAAUUACCCAGCUGAGUAUAACAACAAUGCCGAUUGCACCUGGACUGUGCUGGCCGAGCCAGGAGACACGAUCGCCCUGGUUUUCUCUGACUUUCAGCUGGAGGACGAUUACGACCUUCUGGAGGUCAGCGGCACUGAGGGAUCGUCCCAGUGGUUUACUGGCACCAACCUUCCCUCUCCAAUCAUAAGCAGCAAGAACUGGCUUCGGCUGCACUUCACCUCCGACGGCAACCAUAAAUUACGAGGUUUCAGUGCCCAGUACCAAGUGAAGAAGAUGACUGAACUCAAGUCAAGAGGUGUAAAGAUGUUGCCGAGCAAAGACAACCAUCAUAAAAUAUCAGUGUUGUCACAGAUGGGGGUAGCGCAGGGACACAACAUAUGUCCAGAUCCUGGAAUUCCAGAUCGAGGAAAAAGAAAAGGUUCUGACUUCAGGCGAGGAGCUGCGGUGCAUUUCUCCUGCGAUGAGGGCUAUGAGCUGCAGGGCUCAAAGAGCAUCACCUGCCUCAGAGUGACGGACAGCUAUGUAGGCUGGAGUGACGACCGGCCUAUUUGCAGAGCACCCAUGUGUGGAGGUCAGUUGAAAGGACCCAGUGGUGUCAUCACGUCUCCAAACUACCCCGUUCAGUACGACAACAAUGCCAACUGCACUUGGAUAAUCACUGCGACGGACACAUCCAAGGUGAUCAAGUUGACAUUUGAGGAUUUUGACCUGGAGCGAGGCUACGACACCCUCACGGUGGGAGACGGUGAAAUGGUGGGAGACGAGAAAACCAUCUUUCACGUUCUGUCUGGGACCAUCACUCCAGACCUCGUGGUGAGCACCAGUCACCAGAUGUGGCUCAACUUCAAAACGGAUGAUACCAGUGGCUCCCUCGGCUUCAAGGUGUCCUUUGAAGAAAUUGACCAAGGCAGCUGUGGAGAUCCUGGGAUCCCGGCUUACGGUAAACGGGAAGGAACGGGCUUCCGGCACGGGGACAGGCUGUACUUUGAGUGUCUGCCUGCCUUUGAGCUGGUGGGAAAGAAGAACAUCACUUGUCAGAAGAACAACCAGUGGUCAGCUAAGAAACCCAGCUGUGUUUUUUCCUGCUUCUUCAACUUUACAACUCCGUCCGGGGUGCUGCUCUCCCCCAACUACCCUCAGGAGUACGGAAACAACAUGCACUGCGUGUGGCUCAUCAUCACCAAUCCUGAGAGCAGGAUCAAUAUGGCCUUCAACGACCUCAGCAUGGAGAAACAGUUUGACUUCCUCUCCAUAAAGGAUGGCGGAAAGGCCGAGUCUCCCAUCCUGGGCACCUUCUCUGGUGAAGUCCUGCCUCCUCCUAUUACCACAAGCGCCCAUGUGGCACGACUCGAGUUCCUAACAGACCACACAAAGACAGACAGAGGCUUUAACAUCACUUUUACAACAUUUAGACACAACGAAUGCCCAGAUCCAGGGGUGCCGGUCAACGGGAAGCGCUUUGGUGAAAGUCUUCAACUGGGCAGCUCCAUCUCUUUCCUGUGUGAGGAGGGCUUCGUGAAGACCCACGGAUCUCAAACCAUCUCCUGCAUUCUCAAGGACGGAAACGUCGUGUGGGACAACGCCGUCCCGCGCUGUGAAGCCCCAUGUGGAGGAGAUCUGAAGGCUCCCAGUGGGAUCAUCCUCUCCCCUGGCUGGCCAGAAUUAUACAAAGAGGCUCUUAACUGUGAAUGGAUCAUUGAAGCUCCUCCAGGCUACCCCAUCAAGAUAAUCUUUGACAAGUUUCGCACUGAGGUCAACUACGAUGUUCUGGAGGUGCGCGAUGGGCGAUUUCCCUCUUCACCUCUGAUCGGGAGUUACCAGGGCACCCAGGUUCCCCAGUUCCUCAUCAGCACCUCCAACUUCAUCUAUCUCCACUUUUCCACCGAUAAGAGCCACUCUGACACCGGCUUUCGCAUACGUUACGAAACCCUGCAGCUGCAGUCAGAUCACUGCGUGGACCCUGGAAUACCUGUCAACGGACAAAGACACGGCCACGACUUCUACGUGGGGGCUUUGGUGACAUUUAGCUGCGAAGCGGGCUACACACUUAGCGACACAGAGCCUUUAGAGUGUGAACCCAAUUUCCAGUGGAGUCGCCCCCUGCCUAGCUGUGAUGCAUUGUGCGGAGGUUACAUCCAGGGCAACUCUGGAACCAUCCUGUCUCCCGGCUUCCCAGACUAUUACCCUCAUAACCUGAACUGCACGUGGAUAAUUGAGACCUCCCAUGGCAAAGGUGUCCAGUUCACCUUCCACACUUUCCACCUUGAGAGCCCUCACGACCAUUUGUUGGUGACUGAGAACAGCAGCUUCUCUCAGCCUCUCUGGAGGCUGACAGGCUCAACGCUGCCCCCGCCUCUCAGCGCAGGCCUGUUUGGGAACUACACAGCCCAGAUCCGCUUCCUCUCUGACUUUUCCGUCUCGUACGAAGGGUUCAACAUCACCUUCUCAGAGUAUGAUCUGGAGCCUUGCGAGGAUCCUGGCAUCCCACCCUACAGUACCCGGAAAGGACUGCAGUACGGAGUCGGCGAUGCCCUCAUCUUUUCUUGUUUCCCAGGAUACCGACUGGAGGGUCCAGCUAGGGUGGUGUGUUUGGGGGGCAGGAGGCGAGUGUGGAGCUCCCCUCUGCCAAGGUGUGUGGCUGAAUGUGGCUCAUCCGUGACUGGCAUGCAAGGGGUGCUGCUCUCGCCCAACUACCCUGGUUACUAUGGCAACAGCCACGAAUGCAUCUACUCCAUCCAGACGCAGCCUGGCAAAGGCAUUCAGCUACGAGCGCGGGACUUCAGACUGGAGGAGGAUGACGUCCUCAAAGUCUUUGAUGGCAGCAGUAACAAGGCUCGUCAGCUGGGGGUGUUUACAGGCAGCGAGCUGCUCAACACCACCCUGAACUCCACCUCCAGCUCCAUGUGGCUGGAGUUCGUCAGCAAUGCAGAGAACACCAGCAGAGGCUUUGAAGUGCACUACACCAGUUUUGAGCUGGUCAAAUGUGAGGAUCCAGGUGUUUCACAGUUCGGCUACAAGCGUGACGACAAGGGUCACUUUGCAGGGAGCACCGUGGCGUACGGCUGUGAUCCGGGCUACACCCUGAAAGGCCCUGAGGUGCUCACCUGUCUCAGGGGGGAAAGGAGAGCAUGGGAUAGCCCCCUUCCACUUUGUGUUGCGGAGUGUGGGGGAACCAUCAAGGAAGAGCCUUCUGGUCGUAUCCUGUCUCCAGGCUAUCCAGCUCCGUAUGAGCACAACAUGCACUGCAUGUGGACCAUUGAAGCCCCUUCAGGAAGCACUAUUAGUCUGCAUUUCCUGGUGUUCCACACGGAAGAGGUUCACGAUUUGCUCCGGAUCUGGGAUGGUCCGCAGGACGGAGGGGUUCUGCUCAGGGAGCUGAGUGGCUCAGCAGUGCCCCCAGAUGUCCACAGCACAUUCAACACGGUCACUCUGCAGUUCACCACAGACUUCUUCACCAGCAAGCAAGGCUUUGCUAUCCAGUUUUCAGUCUCCACUGCAACCUCCUGCAAUGACCCAGGCAUGCCGACUAAUGGCACUCGCAGUGGUGACAGCAGGGAGCCUGGAGACCAUGUUGCGUUCCAGUGCGAUCCGGGCUACAUCCGACAGGGAGCCAACAGGAUCACCUGCACCGAGAUCAAUGGCCGCUUCUUCUGGCAGCCAGACCCUCCUACGUGCACAGCGCCGUGCGGUGGGAAUCUGACCGGUCCGAGUGGGCUGAUCCUGUCUCCAGACUACCCUGAGCCUUACCCCCAUGGAAGAGAGUGUGACUGGACGGUGACUGUCACACAGGACUAUGUCAUCUCCCUCAGCUUCAACCAGUUCAGCUUAGAGCCCAGUUAUGACUUCUUGCAUAUCUACGAUGGUCCAGACUCCCUUAGCCCAUUGUUGGGCAGUUUCUACGGCACAGAUGUUCCGGAUCGCAUCGAGAGCAGCUCCAACACACUAUUCCUGGCUUUUCGCAGCGACGCUUCCCUCAGCAGCAACGGAUUUGUACUUCAGUACACAGAGAACCCUAGGGAGUCCUGCUUCGAACCUGGCCUGGUGCGCAACGGGACGCGGGCGGGCACCGAUCUCAAGCUGGGCUCCACUGUCACCUACCACUGUGAUAGCGGCUACACGCUAGAGGGAGAUGCAACGCUCACUUGCAUCAUGGGGAGAGGUGGCAAGCCGAGCUGGAACAAGCCCAAACCCAUCUGCAUUGCUCCGUGUGGCGGACAGUACUCCGGCACAGAGGGAGUUGUCUUGUCUCCUGGUUACCCUGGAAACUACAGCAAAUCUCGAACCUGUUUAUACUCUGUAGUUGUGCCCAAGGAUUAUGUGGUCUUCAGUCAGUUUGCCUUCUUCCAGACCGCACUGAACGACAUCGUGGAGGUCUACGAUGGCGCGACCCAGAACUCCCGUGUUCUCAGCUCGCUGUCUGGAUCACACACAGGGGAAUCGUUGCCGUUAGCAACCUCCAACCAAAUUUUGAUCCAGUUCACCUCCAAAACCCAGUCCAGCUCUAAAGGAUUCCAUCUGGUCUACCAGGCCGUCCCACGGACCAGUGCCACUCAGUGCAGUUCAGUCCCUGAGCCCCGAAACGGCCGUCGUAUGGGUAAUAGCUUUGCUGUUGGUGCCGUGAUCCGCUUUGAGUGCAACCCGGGUUACGUGCUGGAGGGCCCGAGCGCCGUCGAGUGUUUAACGGUUCCCAACGCCCUGGCACAAUGGAACAGCUCCAUUCCCAGCUGUAUAGUUCCAUGUGGAGGUAAUCUGACCCAGCGAAUUGGCACCAUCUUGUCCCCUGGUUUCCCCGAGCCUUACCUCAACAGCCUCAACUGCGUGUGGAAAAUCACCGUUCCUGAAGGAUCGGGAAUCCAGAUCCAGGUAAUCAGCUUUGUCACAGAGCAGAACUGGGACUCGCUGGAAGUCUUUGACGGAGGUGACAACACAGACACCAUGCUUGGCAGCUUCUCAGGCACAACGGUCCCAGCUCUCCUCAACAGCACCUCCAACGAACUGUACCUGCACUUUUUCUCUGAUAUCAGCGUGUCUGCAGCAGGAUUCAGGCUGGAAUAUAAAACCGUGUCACUGACCAGCUGUCCAGAGCCUGUGGUUCCUAUGAAUGGGAUCAAGCUCGGGGAGCGUCAUCAGAUGAAUAACGUGGUGUCUUUCCAUUGUGAACCUGGUUACACUCUACAGGGGACCUCACACAUCACAUGCAUGCCAGGAACUGUCAGAAGAUGGAACUAUCCACCUCCUCUCUGUAUAGCUCAAUGUGGCGGAAUCCGGGAGGAGAUGGAGGGAAUGAUUCUCAGCCCUGGUUUCCCUGGCAACUACCCGAGCAACAGCGAUUGCACCUGGAGAAUCUACCUGCCAGUUGGCUACGGUGCCCACUUACAGUUCCUCAAUUUCUCCACCGAGGCUAAUCACGACUUCCUUGAGAUACGCAACGGGCCCCUUGAAACUAGCGCUGUAAUUGGUCGAUUCAGUGGCCAGGAUGUUCCCUCCUCCCUUCUCACCACUUCCCACGAGACCACAGUCUACUUCCAUAGUGACCAUUCGCAGAACAAACCAGGUUUCAGGUUUGAGUACCAAGCUUACGAGCUACAGGAAUGCCCAGAUCCAGAGCCCUUCCGAUACGGGGUGGUGGUGGGUGCCGGCUUCAACGUGGGGCAGUCCAUUUCCUUUGAGUGCUUCCCCGGGUAUCAGCUGAUGGGACACUCCAUCCUCACCUGUGAACACGGCACCACCCGCAACUGGGACCGCCCUUUCCCCCGCUGUGAAGUGCCCUGUGGUGGGAACAUCACAUCCGACAACGGGACCAUCUUCUCUCCUGGAUACCCGGAGGAGUACCCAAGCUCAGCUGAUUGCACCUGGCUGAUUACUGUGGCCCCUGGCUUUGGGGUCAAACUGAACUUCACUCUGCUUCAGGUUCACGGGCCCCAUGACUUCAUCACUGUCUGGGAUGGUCCACAGGAGACGGCCAGGAAACUGGGAGUGUUCACUGAUGGCGAGCCCAACGAGCCACCGAGCAGCACCUCCAAUCAGGUGCUGAUACGGUUCCGUAGUAACACCGAGAAGGGCGGGUUGUUCCGGAUCGGCUAUCAAGCUUACAGGCUGCAGUACUGCCUGCCUCCCCCCAUUAUCCCCAACGCAGAGAUCCUGAUGGCAAGCAAAGAAUUCAAAAUUGGUGAUAUCGUGCGCUACCGAUGUUUUCCUGGUUAUCAGCUAAGUGGAAACAGCAUACUGACCUGCCGACUAGGUACGCACUUGGAAUUCGAAGGGCCGCCACCCUCGUGUGAUGUGACUUGCCCCAUGAACGAGGUGCUGACGGCUUCUACGGGUGUCAUCAUGAGUCAGUCGCCAGGAAAUGGGUUUCCUCACUUUGAGUCCUGCUCCUGGGUCGUCAAAGUAGAGAGCGGCUACAACAUCACCUUCACGAUCGAGCACUUCCAGACCAGCCGUCAGUUUGAUGAACUGGAAAUCUUUGAUGGUGCGUCCAGACAGAGCCCCCUCCUGAUCACCCUCAGCGGUAACUAUUCCAGCCCACUGAGCAUCACCAGCUCCAGUAACAGAGUCUACCUGCACUGGUCCUUUGAUCAUACGACCAGCCACAAAGGUUUUCGCAUCCGCUACUCAGCGGCCUACUGCAGCCCUCCGAACAACCCCGUCAAUGGCACCGUGCACAGCCUGACUGGCACUAAGCUCGGCAGUACCUUGCGCUUCAGCUGUGACCAGGGCUUCCGGCUCAUCGGCCAGACCAGCGCCACAUGCACCCGCAGCGCUCAAGGGCUCCAUCAGUGGAACGCGCCGGUGCCACUUUGCCAAGUCCUGUCCUGUGGAAUGCCGGUUCCUCCGGUCAACGGCAGCAUCGUUGGCCAGGACUUCUCUCUCGGAGCCAGAGCCACCUAUCAGUGCAAUCCCGGGUUUCGGCUCGCCGGACCUGUCACCACCUCAGUCACCUGUCAAGACUCUGGGAGGUGGAGCUCCAUCGAGGCCCCUCCCAGAUGUGUCCCGGUCACCUGUCCGGACAUCGGCCACUCGGCCGUGGAACACGGGAGGUGGAGACUAAUCUAUGGCACUCAGAACCAGUACGAUACCAUGAUGAUGCUCGUGUGUGACCCGGGUUAUUACUACAGAGGUCAGAGGAUCAUCAGCUGCCAGGCCAACGGCACCUGGAACUACCCGGAUCCUCGCCCCGUCUGUGACAUCAUCUCCUGCGGGGACCUUGGGACACCACCAAAUGGUAACAAGAUUGGUACACUGACUGUGUUUGGAGCCACAGCCAUUUUCUCCUGCAACACGGGAUAUACUUUGGUGGGCUCCAGGGUACGAGAGUGCAUGUCUAAUGGGCUUUGGAGUGGAACACAGGUCCAGUGUCUUGCCGGCCACUGCGGCACUCCUGAACCGAUAGUGAACGGACAAAUCGUCGGGGAGAAUUAUAACUACAGAGGUAGCGUCGUGUACCAGUGUAACCCGGGAUUUCGUCUCAUCGGGGUGUCGGUGCGAAUCUGUGAACAGGAUCACCGCUGGUCAGGACGAACUCCUGUCUGCGUCCCCAUCACAUGCGGUCACCCUGGCAACCCUACCUUCGGCACGACCCAAGGAACCCAGUUCAACUUAAACGAUGACGUGCGUUUUGUAUGCAAUACCGGAUACGUUCUUCAGGGGGUUGUCAAGUCUGCUUGCCAGGCCAACGGGCAGUGGAGCAACCCCCUCCCCAAGUGUAAAAUUGUGAACUGCACAGACCCCGGUCAUGUAGAGAACAGCAUCAGGCAGGUACUGCCCAGCGGGCCGCAUCGCUACAGCUUCCAGACCACCGUGUCGUACCGCUGUAACCCGGGUUACUACCUGCUGGGCACCAGCUCCAUCUCCUGCCAAGGGGACGGCACCUGGGAUCGCUCCCUGCCCAAAUGCCUGUUGGUGCUGUGUGACCGCCCCAGUGUGCCUCUCUACGCCCAGCUCUCAGGUGACCGCCGGACAGUGGGCUCAGUCAUUCGCUACAGCUGCAUGGGCCAGCGCACCGUCGUCGGCAACACCACGCGAAUGUGCCAGCUGGACGGGCAGUGGAGCGGCUCGCCGCCACACUGCUCUGGGGAAUCGUCCGGGCUGUGUGGAGACCCAGGUGUCCCUGUGCACGGUAUCCGCCAAGGGGAAGAGUUCAAGGUGGGCAGCAUCGUCGGCUUCAGCUGUGAGCCCGGCUACGUGCUGAAGGGUUCACCAGAGAGGACCUGUCUGGCGAACGGGACCUGGGUGGGCAGACAACCCGAGUGUCACGUGAUUUCAUGCGGAAACCCAGGAACUCCACGGAACGCCCAGAUCCUCGUUCACGACGGCCUCACUUUCUCCAAAUCCAUCACUUACAGCUGCAGGGAAGGCUACUAUUCCACCGGACUGCUAACGAGACAUUGUACUGUGAAUGGAACCUGGACGGGCAACAUGCCAGAGUGCUCAGUGAUCAACUGCGGUGAUCCUGGAGUUCCAGCCAAUGGGGUGAGAUUCGGGAAUGACUUCACCUACAACCAGACGGCCAGUUUCCAGUGUUCUCCUGGGUUCACCAUGGAUGCUGACAGGGCAUCUUCUCUCAUCUGCACCAAAGACCGCACCUGGAAUGGCACCAAACCACUCUGUAAAGCAAUUGUUUGCGGCUCGCCUUCCAACAUCCCGAACGGACAGGUUGUUGGUACAGACUUCAGCUGGGGCUCAAGCAUUAGUUACUCUUGCAACCAAGGCUACCAGCUGUCUCUGCCCACGGUGUUAACAUGCCAGGGGAACGGUAACUGGAGUGGAGAGAAGCCACAGUGUUUCCCUGUGUUCUGCGGAGACCCCGGCAUGCCAGCUCAGGGGAGGAGGGAGGAUCGUGGUUUCACUUACCUCUCAUCCGUCUCCUUCUCCUGCACCUCUCCCCUCGUCCUGGUGGGGUCACCCAGGAGGUACUGCCAAUACGACGGCACCUGGAGUGGCACGCAACCCUCCUGCAUCGAUCCCAGUCACACUACAUGUGGAGAUCCCGGCAUUCCUCUCUUUGGAAACCAGAACAACAGCCAAGGCUAUCAGAUCAGCAGCACCGUCUUCUUCAGCUGCAGGAAGGGCUACUUACUGCAGGGAUCCAUUUCUCGCACGUGUCUGCCCAACCUCACAUGGAGUGGAUUUCAGCCUGAGUGCAUUGCCCAUCACUGCAGCCAGCCCGAGCUGCCAGCCCACUCUGAUGUGAGAGCCAUUGAACUGCCAUCCCUUGGCUACACGCUGAUCUACACAUGUCAGCCUGGCUUCUACUUGGCUGGAGGAUCAGAGCACAGGACCUGCAGGUCUGAUGGUAGCUGGUCUGGGAAACCACCAUUGUGUGCAGCUGACUAUGGCCCGAUUGGGAACACCACAGUGGAGGAGCCACCCUCCAAACUGCCAGUACCUGGUGGUGUGUUUGCUAAGAACUCCCUCUGGAGGGGGUCCUACGAGUACCUGGGAAAGAAGCAGCCGGCCAUGCUGAGCAUCACUGCCUUUGAACCCUUUAGCAACCGAGUUAACGGGACGCUUAUCGACCACAGUGGAGUUGAACUUAAAUUGGCAGGUACAUACAAGAGGGAGGAAGCCCAGCUGCUGCUGCAGGUCCACCAGAUCAGAGGUCCCGUGGAGAUCUUUGUCAACAAGUUCAAGAUUGACAACUGGGCUCUGGACGGACAUGUGUCCUACAUCUCUUCCUCCAGCUCCUUUGUGUACCAGGGAUUCGUCAGAGGAAAAGGCUUUGGACAGUUUGGUCUCCAGAGACUGGAGAGCUUGGAUCAAAGCAGAGACACCGGCUACAACUUUGCCUCCAACAGCAGUUCAGUGGCGGCAGCCAUCCUAGUGCCUUUUAUAGCCAUGAUCAUCGCAGGCUUCGCUCUGUACCUCUACAAACACAGAAGAAGACCCAAAGUUCCCUUCAACGGCUACGUGGGCCACGAGAACACUAACGGGCGUGCUACGUUCGAGAACCCCAUGUACGACCGGAACAUCCAGCCCACCGACAUUAUGGCCAACGAGACGGAGUUCACAGUCAGCACGGUGUGCACAGCAGUAUAGCAACCGCCUCCUGCAGAGGGAAGGAGAGACGCCUGCCUGCACACGGACGACAUCUAUUGUUCCUUAAGCAGAGGGCAUGAAAAAAAAUUCCCAAAAAAAUGAUUUGCUUAAAUACCUUCAACAAACAUCUUGAGCGACGAAGGCUUUUACCUGCAGGAAACAAGAAAAGAAACGACAACAACUUUAUCAAGAGUCAACAAGAAAAUGCGUUUUAUAACUUCGCGUGGUUUCCUGACCAUUUUCCGUAUCCUAGGAAACGCUUCCAUCUGAACCUGCGGAUGGCGGGAGUCCCGCUGGAGGCCGUCGGCCUCAACCCAAAGGGAAUUUAACGGUCAACUUUACGUCAUGAUAUGUACCUGUAGCUAACAUGUGCGAGUUGACAGUGCGGUGGACAGUCCGUCUUGGCCUGCGCGAGUCAGAGAGACAGUCUGGACUGUUUGAUUUCAUCAGUUUUUUCUUUGCUUCUUCUUUUUUUUUUUUUUUUUUUUUAAACCUAAACAAUGCUUUCUUUGAUGGGGAAAUUGGGAACAGUGUUUUCUUUCUGCCCCUGAUCGUCAUCUCCCGAGGCUGCUGAAAGGUUUUCCUGAAGACUCAGAGUUUCGGGAUGAGAAUGGAUAAAAAAUUCAGUGAGAUAUGAAGGUCAUGUUGGAGAUGCACACACCGUCAUUGCUCUCUCAGCUUUACUUUUGUUGUUUUCGUAGCUGGGAUGGAAUUGUGCUUACCGCAGCACCUGUGUCCAGGGCAGGGGUUAAGACGGAGCCAGACCUGCUGGAAAAAAAAAAGCACUUAGGGAAGGAGUGGAAAGAAUUUCUGUGAAUACGUGAGUGAGACUGAGUGGAUGUCUGUUGGUAUUUCUAUACGUCUGUGGCCGCAUUCGCCAUCCGCCCCCAAAAUAUCUCCUGCUUUUGGCCCCCAGAAAGACAUUGAUAAACAGCUGAUGCACUCAACUCCAACAUCGAUCUCCUUUCUUUUGGUUUAUUGUGGUUAAUUUAAGGAUUAGCUUACAGUUUUCGUGCCUCGAGAGACUGAGAGAAUAACUGCAGCUCGACCUCGAUGUGCAUGUCAAUCCGCUCCGAGUUUUAACAGAGAACAAUAUCGGCUCAGUAAAGUGGGAGUUAGGCAGUCCAGACACAGUUUCAUGGUUAUACAAACUCUUUGGGACCACAACACAUCUCACCUUUUUCAUUCCGAGCAAAACUGUAGCACCGACUCGUGGCUCGUUCUCUUUGGAAAGACUGGAAAACUUAAGCGGAGUUGAAGUCCGGAUGCACCUUCCCGUGUUUGCUCCUGACUGAAGUGGUACACGUUUCUCUGAGUUGCAGUAAAACUUGAGCUCUCCAACCCUGGAAAUGUUCAUGAAGGCACCGAGUCUGAACAAUGUAGGAGGGAGCUGUGUCGUUGCUCCCUCUGGAUUAUAUUUACAUCCUCUUCUCCGAGUGAACCUCCGCCAGCUCCAUCCAUUUGGAAAAGAAUGGCGCCUCUUUAUUUUGUCUCCACUCGUCGUGGCAGCGUUGCAGACGGCCUCCUCGGGGCUGCGACAGCAGGGGAGCCGCUGCCAUACUGAUUGCUCCCGCACAUUAAAAUGGGAAAUGAUAGAUAAGGAAUAAAAGUGUUUAUCCCACUAAUGCGAGCACUCCUCAUAUCUGUAGCGGCUGGGGAGCGAUACACGGAAAAUAUGGUUUGGAAAGUGCAACACGAUAGGGAAAUAUCACAUAUCGGCGAGAAUCUACUCUGAUUGGUGAAUGCUUUGGGCGACGAGAUUGAAAUCAUUAAUGCUUGGGUGACCUAGCUGAAAUGCAUGUCUGAAAGAGAAGAUCGGCCGGUCUUUUCCAAGCCCCGCACUCCCAGCUGUUACACUGCAAAAACUGAUAUUUCUAAGGAAGUAAAUAAGCCUUCCGCAAGAAAUGUAGACUAUUGUGACGGUUUUGGAAUUCUAGUCAAGGAAAUGUUUCUUACGCCACCGGGAAAGAUAUCUCCGCUUGGAAUGAGAGAGUUUUGACCGGAUAAAUGAGUUUUGGGCUUAUUUCCAGAGGGGGCUGUUUUUGCAGCGUGCCUGUCCUGGCGAUGCUGAGACGAUGAGAUGAGGAGCGCUUGAGCGUCUCAGGAGCAAAGUGAGCCCAUUAGAUGCAAUUAGCUUUCAUUUUGAUGUGCUUCACCUUCAAAUCCUGAAAUUUGACAUAAUCACUAACAAGACGCAUCAUCAAUUACAGCGUGUAAUGUCUGACUUCACAAUAGUGCAAGACAUCUAUCCUAAUCUUUGGCUUUUUUUCUAUUUGAUUUUUUUUUUUAGUGUCGUCAGGAAUCAGGAGGAAAUUCAAAGGCCCUUGAAGCCAAUUCGCCACAUCGUUCACAUAAUCAGUUUGGCUGCGAGUCACUAAUUGCUUUUUACAAUUUUAUUACCUUUAAAGCUCCCGUUUUAUCUUGACCGUACUCGUGGAGUACCGGUCCCGGCCUGCGUUGGUGUUUAAAUGAUGAAAAAGGAAACGAUUAAAUGACUCUCGAGAUGUCACGUGGAGGGGAGCAGCUACGCUCCGUUCUUGUGCGGCCGUUUCGCGGUUAAUUUUUAUAUAUUUUACAAUCUGAAGCCGGUCUUGAGUAUUUCAGCAGAAACGAUGGGCUCAUUACAUUGCAGUUAAAUCAAGUGUCUUUUCUCUACCAUUCAGUUCCCCAAUAGCAAUAUUUAAUGUGAUUCAACAUUUUAUUAGCCCAGGUUGACUACUGAAACACUAAAAACUGGGGGAGGCAUCUCAUUGCGCCCCUACAAGGAAAUGAUCCUGUAGACUAGAUUUAGUGACGCAUCCAGACAAACACAGCAGAGAAAAAUCCCACAAAUGAUUGUUUUAAUGACAAGGGCUCAUGCUAAACAAAUUGAAAAGCAUUUUUAAGGGGCAGACUUUGAGUUUGUUUGUGUUAUGAACCUCCUCCCGUGUCUAAUAAGCACUUUAUGUUCAUUAUAGUGCCUUGUUGUAACUCCAUGAAAUCAUGACUCUGCGUAAUCUACCCACAGCAUCAUCAUGUCUUUAUUAAGAGUCUGGGAUGAUCGCGCAUCAGAAUUAAGAGCUUUUUUGUCAGGAUUUCAGUCAAGCCCAUAUCAUCAUUCAAGAGAUGUUGAUUUACAGAGGAAACCAGGCUCAGCAUUAUGUUAAGCAUUUAAUCCAAAACUUUGCAUGAUGGUUUAUUUGUUUAGCUUCAGAUUUGUGUUGUUUUUUUCUGUAAAGUUGCCUUUUCUUAAUUAAAAAAAAAAAAAAAAAAAACCUAAGUAAGCUCUCCAAAUUUAGCCAGUUUUGACUAAAACUAAUUAUAAAACUAAUAGUAGCUGUUCAGUCGGUUCGUGAUGCUGCUCGUUCCUCUACUCCGAAAAGUUUUUUAAUUGGGAACAAGACGUUUUCAAAAAAUCAUGCUAUUAAUUUUAAAGAAACAGUAUUUUUUAUUAAAAAGAAACCUAAAUCUAAAAGAGAUUUUUAUUUUUUUUCCCCCUUUAAACUCAUCUGGCUUGGCCCAGAAACAUCUCAAAGAAAGUGCAGUAGAGUUAUAUGAAAAAGAAGAUCAGUGAGUUCUGCACGAAGCCGCGCUAUAAGACCAAGGACUGAGUCUUCAUUGAUAGCAGCUGGCUACUUCCUGGUUCCCCUUGCAUAUUUUAUUACAGUAACUCUGCUCAUCCUCGGUUCAUUUUCCGUUAUCAGCCCCACACAGCUCCGAGUCCUCUCCCUGCUCACCAUCUCGUCUAUAAUGAAACGCACCGCAGCUGUGGUCUUUUGAGUUCACCGGGUUUCCUUUCAGUCGGGGACGGGAGCGAAGUCUCCCCCGCUGCUUUCUGCGGCCGGAGCGUCCGCUUUUCAGCACAGGCCGCUCUGCACAUGUUCUGGAAAAGCAAGCAAUCCAUCAGUUAUGCUGCGUGACACUUUCUGCAGCAACUAUCAUUCAUGUGCUCCCAUCUCUCACUGUCACGACACACCGAUGGCCACGGCAGAACCGCGCUCACCGGAGAGCAGCUCCAGCUCACCUCUCAUCCGGUUUCUGCGCGUUUAGGGGACCGGCUAGAGGGAGCAGUGAAACGUGGGUUUUAAUUGUUGCGAUAAGAAUACAAAUAGAAGUGAACUUGUUGAUGGUUCAUUUGUCAGAUCACUGGAGUUAUUAAAAAAACAAAACAAACAAAAAAACAGCUGAAUGUAUUCCAUUCCAAUGAGUGCAUCAGAUUUUAUAUAACUGUGCUGCGUUCAAUGUCUGCUACCACAUUGUCUCCUCUAUUUGUAUGCAGUAAAGGUCAUAAUGUUGCCAGUGUCUGUUAUACUCGGAGUAAAGGUAGAAUGUCUGAUUUAUGAGAAUAUAACACAGCGAACCGCUGACAAAGAGAUGCUUUUGUUACCUGAGAUUUAACAUUCCUGUACGUUUUCCAUGGCAACAGAACUCGCUACAAGGUUCCAUGCUUUGAGGUUUGUUUGGGUUUUUUUUUUUUUUUGUUUGUUUUUUUUCUUACAUUUAAGUUUCAAAACCAGUCCGGUAGGUCUCUUACCUAGCCUGUAUGUGGGACAAAAAAAAUAAAAAUCAGCGUGGCUCUUGAGGGUCUCAAAGCAGGAAAACAGCGACGGGCAAAGAUUCUGUGUCUUGCUGCACACCAAAAGGGUUUUCAGGAAAAAAAAAGGAAAAAAAAAUAGAAAAAAAGUGGACAAACGUGAACUUGAGCAGACUGUGCACCAACAGAGCAAAUACUGAGGGGGAAGUGUCUCUAAGAAAAAGAGAAUAUGUUAAUGAAUAAAAAAAAAAAAACACCUUUUUUGUACAGAGAUAUAUUUUUAUGAAAAUACAUUUGUAAUAUAAAAAGAGAAAAUGCAUUGACAUAUAUGUAAAUGUUUUUCUUUUUCAUUAUUGUAGUACAAAUGCU